CGCAAGCGCAUCGUGCUUCGUAUUGGUGGCUUCUUAUAACAACAAAACAAAUAUAAUUUACUCUAGUCGAUCUUGAGCCAGCGCGGAAAGUGGUCGUGUAUUUUAAGACUUCUGUGACGCUACAGGUUGCCGCAAAUAUGACAGAAGAAACACAAAUGCCGAUAGAACAUAACCCAAAAAUACUUUCGGGACCAGUUCUUACCAACUCUCCGAAUGCCUUCCUCUCCAAGUCCCUUCUGAAUCGGUACCAUGACCUGCCUAUUCCACACGAGAAAAUUAUAGCCACCUACAUUUGGGUUGAUGGGACAGGGGAACACUUGAGAUGCAAGGAUCGCACACUCACCUUCAUACCUAGACAUCCUAAAGAAUUACCGAUAUGGAAUUUCGAUGGCAGUUCCACUGGUCAAGCCGACAGGAAGAACGCGGACACCAAUCUGAUACCACAGGCGAUCUACAAGGACCCGUUCAGACGGGGCAACCAUAUCCUUGUGAUGUGUGAUACGUAUAAAUAUAAUAUGGAACCAACAGAUACAAACCAUCGCGUCAAAUGCCAAGAAGCUUACGACAAAUGUAAAGAUGAGGAGCCGUGGUUCGGAGUUGAACAAGAGUACAUUUUGCUGGACGCUGACCUUCGACCGUUUGGAUGGCCUCCGGGUGGCUGCCCUCCUCCCCAAGGACCGUACUACUGCGGUGUUGGAGCUAAUAAAGUAUUCGCAAGGGAUCUUAUCCAAGCACAUUACUUAUGUUGCCUUUAUGCUGGUGUUCCAAUAUCGGGAACGAAUGCAGAAGCAAUGCCUUCGCAAUGGGAGUUUCAAGUUGGCCCCUCUGUAGGGGUGUCAGCUGCUGAUGAUGUCUGGAUUGCACGUUUCAUCCUUCAACGCUUGGCUGAGGAGUUUGGAGUCAUAAUCUCCUUUGAUCCUAAGCCCGUAAAGGAUUGGAAUGGAUCAGGAGCACACAUGAACUUCUCUACAAAAACUAUGCGAGCAGAGAAUGGCAUAAUUGAAAUCGAGAAAGCUAUCGACAAGCUGUCGAAGGUGCACAUGAAGCAUAUCAAAGUGUACGACCCGCGCGGCGGCAAGGACAACGAGCGCCGCCUCACCGGCCUGCACGAGACCGCCAGUAUUAACGACUUCAGUGCUGGCGUAGCGAACCGUAGCUGCAGUAUAAGAAUACCUCGGGUAGUAGCAACGGAAAGGAAAGGAUACUUAGAGGAUCGCCGUCCAGCUUCCAAUUGCGACCCUUAUGCCGUUGUCAACGCAUUGCUUCGAACCUGCGUUUUGAAUGAGUGAAUGCGAAAAGUAAGAAACACAUUGCAAGAAAUAAAAGCGAAAUAUUGCAAGUUUUUGAUUUAUAAUUGCUUAGUAGCAAAAUCCAUGCUAAGCUAAAAUAAACCAUGUUUAAUAAAUAUAAUGAUGAAUGUUAUGAAAAUAUUUUUAUUUACUUAUUAUAAAGCAACGCACAAGUUUGUAUGUAGUGUCUAUGUAACAAAAAGCUAGGAAUAUAACAGUUCGUCAGUUAUUAAGAGCCAAUAGCCACAUUACAAACUAAAAUGAUUACGGAUCAUCGAAGCAACUUUGUAAUUACUUUUUUUUUUUUACAAUUGUGUCCAGUAGCGAUCAAAAAUAUAGUAUAUAUUAAAAAAUAUGUUUUGAAGUAAAACCUUUUUGACAGACUGAAAAGUUAAGCUACUACUAACCCACCAUACACAUUCAUCAAACAAAAUUGCGUCCUCUGAGAAGCGCACACUUUUAAACCUUUCAAAUGUAUCAUUUUAAUGGACUAACGUACCAUUUAAGCGUAAUUCAAACCGCAGUGUUUGUGAGUUAUUCAGAUGUCGAGUAUAUUUUUAAUAAAUAAA